AUGCAACGAAUAAUAAUAUCUACGCCAUCGAUCCAUCCCAUCCACAGUUCGUCCCACGUUGGGCAUCCACCACCGGUGCAGCUCCGAUCCCCGGCCGGCGCUCCCAACCAACCACAGCAUCCUAUUCACCCUCAAGCUUCACAAACCUGUCGCUACGCGCGUUGGUGCACGCGUAUUGUGCGACGACAACGCGCCGCAACACUUUCCGGGACCACAUCCGGAAAAAUGAACCUUGUCGUCGCACAUUCCCAACAUCUCAUCGGGCCUUUUCUUCGUCAACGCCCCCUAUCCCGCCUCGUUGAAUUUGCAUCUCAAAAGUAUAUAAAGGAACAAUGCCCGCUCUCCCAGGUUAUACACCUCUCUCUCCCGCCCUUCCUUGCCUGUUCCAAAUACCCAGUCAACAAAAACGCCAAAAAGAACCGGUGA